UAGUUGCAAGCAACACCAACAAAAUGCGUGUGCUCUUCCUUGUGGCUUUGACCGUUGCUGCGGUGUCAGCUGUACCCAGAAACCCGCAGAGAAUUGUGGGUGGGGAAGUCACCAGUAUUGAUCAAUGGCCUGAGAUGGUUGCAUUGCUCUUCUCAUGGACUGGAUCCACAUGGUCCCAGUCUUGCGGUGGUUCAAUCAUUAACAACAGAUCUGUCCUCUCUGCUGCUCAUUGCUUUGUCGGCGACUCACCAAACAAUUGGCGUGUUCGUGCUGGAUCCACGAAUGCUCACAGCGGUGGCAUCGUCCACGAUCUUGGACAAAUCAUCAUCCACUCAGGCUACAGUUCCUCUACUUUGGAUAACGAUGUCGCAAUUCUGCGUGUUUCUUCAAACUUCGUUUAUAGUAACGUAAUCAGCGCUGGCAGUAUCGCUGGUACUAACUACAAUCUCGCUGACAACCAAGUGGUCUACGCCACUGGAUGGGGUAGAACUUCCCCCGGUGGACCACUAUCUGAGCAAUUGCGUCAAGUGCAGAUCUGGUCCAUUAACCUAGCCACCUGCAGAAGCCGUUAUGCUGAACUUGGACUCACUGUGACUGAUAACAUGUUGUGCUCUGGCUGGUUGGACGUUGGCGGUCGCGACCAGUGCCAGGGUGACUCUGGCGGUCCCCUCUUCCACAACGGGGUCAUCGUCGGUGUUUGCUCUUGGGGAUACUCAUGCGCUACUGCUCGCUACCCUGGCGUCAAUGCUCGCGUUUCCAGUUAUACUACCUGGAUACAGGCUAACGCUUAA